AUGCUUCACGACAGCGCACAUUUCGCACCUAGCAACGACUUUGAUGUUGAAGAAGAGAAGAAAACAAAUGACGAUGAAAAGGAUUCUCCUGCCUUGAUUCGACCAUCCCAUGAAGCUACCGAUAAUCAGCUGAUCGAUGCACUUGUGGGGCCUCGUGCUUCUGCAGCAAGUCAGCUUCAGUCGAACCGAUCCAAAGAAACCGGUAUAACGUCCUUUCAACAGCAGGGUCAUAACUCCCUUCGUGAGAACGGAACUAUCGAUUCAGAUUCCAUUUACACCAGCAAUAACAUUCAGGCAAAAGUUUCUAAUCACAAUAACAACAACAGCGUGGCGAUGAGUACCACUAGCGAUAUAGAACAGAAAAGCACUCCCUCUGUUCAUUCAACACACACGAACAACAAGGGAGGUACAGUUUCCCUGAAUCCAUCAGUCACAGGUGGUGAAGAAGAUGGUGGGUCCUACAUGUCGGUCGAAGUCAUUGAGCCUGCAAUGAAUGACGAAACCCCCAAGAUUGGACAACAUGGGCACAAGACAACAACUCCAUUUGAACCAAUCAUUCAAGUUGUGGAACAUCAUAAUACUCAGAUGGUUCCAAACAUGAUGCUUCCAGAAAUGAAUCAUCCACAACCUUCACAUGCACGACAGUUCAGCAAUGAAGUCCCCAAACAGGAAAUAAUACGCCAGCUUUCCAAUGUGGUACCAAAGGAAGGUGGCAGGAUGACCCCUCCUAAUGUUGUACUGGUUGAUGAACAAAAUCCCAAAACUAAACAAAAUCCCUUUGGCUCCUCAUCCGCUGCGAAUAGUACGGAUGAUGGGAGUCUCUACACGGACGGCCACGAUGGCAGUACGCUCACCAAGGACACCUUUAUCAAGCAACAAGACGUCCAUUACAUGGAGGAGGAACGGCAAGCCUAUUCGAUUAUCGAUCCGGAGGCUCCCAAACAAGAGGCAACCCAGGACUAUGAUGCCUACUACGAUCCAAAUGCCUACAGCGCUGGCUUUGGUACCAGUCAAGGGGACGAACCUUCCAUUGGGCACAGUACUAUUACUUCCUUGACCAAGGACACUGGUAUACUACGAACCGAACUGCCAGACGAUUUGCCCGUCUCGAGGGGAAUUCUGACUGGAGAAGAUGUAUCCUAUCUUAGUCCACCGCGAAUGGAUUACCGUUCUGCUGCUAUCCAAAACAAACCGGGUACCCCAUCUACUUUACAGUCCAAUGUGGUAAAGGACGAGGAAUACGGCAGUGGUGGGUACCCGAAAAACAAGAACCAACACGAGCCUCGAACCAUGUGGGCAUUUCUUCAGAAUGCCACUCGAGAUCCCACGGUACAAUGUCUAAUUUCUAUGGCUUGCAUCUUUGCAGUCAUUCUAUUCUUCCUCGUGGCAGUCAUUAUUGUAAUGACCUCGGACGACAUUCAGAUUUGA